GGUGGAGUUUUAUCCUGACCAAAGGGCAGGCAGCACGGGUUCCUUGCAAAAAUUUACACAUUUGCCACACGUUUCCGCGUGGGAGGGCUGGGAAAUUUGUUGCGUCCAUUUAUCCAUCCGUCCAUUUGUUAUUGUUCACAUUUUUUAAUUUUUUUUUUUUUGGGGGGGGGGGGGCGAAUAUGAACUGGAGUGCUGAGAGUCGCGCUGUCCCUCUCCGCGACGGGAUGAGCAUGCCUGUGAUAGGACUAGGUACUUACGCAGAUCCCCCCACGACGCCUAAAGGUACUGCUUAUCACGCUGUAAAAGUGGCAAUUGAGGCAGGAUACAGACAUAUUGAUGGAGCUUUGGUUUAUGACAACGAGCAUGAAGUGGGACAAGCCAUCCGGGACAAAAUAGCUGACGGGUCUGUAAAAAGAGAAGACAUCUUCUAUUGUGGAAAGCUCUGGAACACAUUCCAUCCACCAGAACUCGUCCGACCUGCUCUGGAGAGAACACUGAGGACAUUGCAGAUGGAAUAUGUUGAUCUGUACAUCAUUGAGAUGCCCACAGCGUUUAAGCCAGGAGAUAACUUCUACCCGAAAGAGGAUGGGAAGUGGAUUUAUCACGACACAGACCUCUGCGCUACUUGGGAGGCAUUGGAAGCGUGCAAAGACGCCGGGCUGGCAAAAUCUCUCGGGGUAUCCAACUUCAACAAGCGCCAGCUGGAGUUGAUCCUCAACAAACCUGGACUGAAACACAAACCGGUUUCAAAUCAGGUCGAAUGCCACCCCUAUUACACUCAACCAAAGUUGCUGGAGUACUGCAGGCAAAAAGACAUUGUCAUUGUAGGAUACAGCCCAUUGGGGACAUCCAGAGAUCCAUCCUGGGUCAACUUAACCUGCCCGCCGCUGCUGGAGGAUGAAGUUCUCGUGUCGCUGGCUAAUAAGUACAAGAAGACGAGCGCUCAGCUCGCCCUCAGAUUUAACGUGCAGAGGGGGGUUGUGGUCAUCCCGAAGAGCUUCAACCCGCAUCGCAUCAGGGAGAACUUCCAGAUCUUUGACUUCAGCAUUUCCGAAGAGGACAUGAAGACCAUCGAGGGUCUGAACAAGAACAUCCGCUUCGUGGAGCUCCUCAUGUGGGCCAACCAUCCUGAGUAUCCGUUUCAUGAUGACUACUAAACAACAAUUUGAAGAAAUGGAAGGCUGCUCCCUUUACAAGUUUUAUGCAUUUAAUUAGUAGUACUAAAUAAGUCAAAUUUCAAAUCAGAUAUAAUCUGCUUUGUUACAUUUUUAAAUAAUUUUUCAUACCUCUAUUUUUUUAACUCGUAUAUUUUAGGUGCUACGUGUGGGUGGUGUGUAGUAUUACGAAGACCAAGCAUGAAAUAUUCAUCUCUACGGUCAUUUUUACCAUUUAUGCUCUUUUUCCUGUAAAAAAAAUUCACUCCAAAUAUGAAGAUUUUUAGCUAUUGUUCAAUACCAUUACCAUUAUGAUUAAUAUGUUUGCACAACUAUACCUUGUUUGACAUUUUAAGUAUAUUCAAUAAAAUCAUUAUAAAAAAUAA